GAGGCGCAAAACUACACACAAAAUUUUUGUGAAGAAACCAAUUUACAUAUUUAAGCUCUGUGUGCAACACAACGGUUGCAAAAGUCAGUCAUCAGUGUAGAAAGAAGGUGGCAUCAAUCGAUAAAAGGCUAAACAAAUAGACAGGACAGCAGCUCGGUCGAGUGGCUUUGGCUGGACUUGAUUGAAAUCGCACAAAAUCGAAGGCAGUUCCAGCGAGAGAGAGAGAGAGAGAGAGAGAGAAGGAUAUACAGAUAUAUACUAGAUGAAGAUGCGGCUGCCAUAUCGCAAUAAGAAGGUCACCCUUUGGGUGCUGUUUGCCAUAAUUGUUGUCACCAUGUUCCUAUUCAAAUUCACCGAGUUGCGACCCAACUGUCUCUUCAAGCUGGAUGCCACAAACGAUUUGGCAUCGCAAAUGGUGCACGUAGAGAAAUACGUCACAGAUGACAAUCAACGCGUCUAUUCAUACAACCGUGAGAUGCCAUUAAUAUUCAUAGGCGGUGUGCCCAGAUCUGGUACGACAUUAAUGCGCGCCAUGCUCGAUGCUCAUCCCGAUGUGCGCUGCGGGCAGGAGACGCGCGUCAUUCCGCGCAUUCUGCAGCUGCGCUCGCAUUGGCUAAAGUCCGCUAAGGAGUCGCUGCGACUGCAGGAGGCGGGCAUCACCAAGGAGGUCAUGAAUAGCGCCAUCGCCCAGUUCUGCCUCGAAAUCAUUGCGAAGCAUGGCGAACCGGCGCCGCGUCUGUGUAACAAGGAUCCGCUCACACUCAAAAUGGGUUCCUAUGUUAUCGAGCUAUUUCCCAACGCGAAAUUCCUAUUCAUGGUGCGCGAUGGACGGGCGACGGUUCAUUCGAUUAUAUCCCGCAAGGUGACAAUCACCGGCUUCGAUUUGGCCAGCUAUCGUCAGUGCAUGGAGAAGUGGAACCAUGCCAUCGAGCUGAUGCACGAGCAGUGCCGUGACAUCGGCAAGGAGCGCUGCAUGAUGGUUUACUACGAGCAGCUGGUGCUGCAUCCAGAGGAAUGGAUGCGAAAAAUCUUGAAAUUCUUGGAUGUGCCAUGGAACGAAGCUGUGCUGCAUCAUGAGGAAUUUAUUAAUAAGCCCAAUGGAGUGCCGUUGUCCAAGGUGGAAAGGUCGUCGGAUCAGGUUAUCAAGCCGGUCAAUCUGGAGGCGCUGUCCAAGUGGGUCGACCAAAUACCGAGCGAUGUGGUGCACGAUAUGGCCAACAUAGCGCCCAUGCUAUCCGUGCUGGGCUACGAUCCGUAUGCGAAUCCCCCGGACUACGGUAAGCCAGAUGCAUGGGUGCAGGACAAUACAUCUAAGCUAAAAGCCAACCGCAUGCUGUGGGAAAGUAAAGCGAAGCAAGUGCUGCAGAUGGAUACCAAGCCAGAUGAGACAGAUAAUACCAACAACAACAACAAUAACAACAACAGCAACAAUAAUCAUAAUAAUGAAGAUAAUGCCAUUGACAAGAACAGCGACAACAACAACAACAAUAACAACAAGAAUAUCAAUAAAAUGCCAGAGCAACAACAGCAACAACAACAACAACAACUUCAAGCGGCUGAACAGGAUCUGGAGCAGGAACUACAACAGCAACAACAACAACAGCAACAGGAGGAACAAGAGCAAGAGCAGGAACAGGAACAGGAGCAGCUGUUGCAGUCAAAACAAAAGCCAAAGGAUGUCAUAACGAUAAAGCAGCUGCCGUCUAACUACAACAACAACAACAACAACCACAACGAGAAGAAGAAGCUGAAGCACAACAGCAACAACAACAACAACAAGCAGUAUGCCAUCGGUGCAUUGGAGGAUACAUGAUAUCCGCAUAUACCCAUCAGAUUACCACGCGGCAGGCAUUGAAGCACACACAACACGAGAUGACAAAGCACACACACACAUACACACACACACAGACACACACAACCAUAAAUUUGCAAUUGUAUUAGAGUGUUGCAUGUGUGCACCAAAAUGCAGCAAACAUACAUGACUAUCUAUAUAUAUAUACACACACACAGAUAUAUAACUACGCAGAGAUGUAUGUGAUGUAGCUGAUGAUGUACACAACAAACAAAAAAAAAACAAAAAAGAAAUCAAGUUGCAGCCACCUAAAGAACUAUUAAAUCGAUUACAAAUAAAACCAAAUGGUUGCUAACGCUCCACUUAAGUACUCUAUUCUAUCCCAGACCCUCAUUCCCCUACCACCCCCCUCCCUCCCUCUCUCCCCUAACUAGCUUUAGCCCUUUAUAUAUACCUAUAUAUAUAUGAUGUAUGUAUAUGUAACUAGCAUAUUUUAGCUUUUUUUUAUACAACGCCUUUGGCACUUUUUCAAUACUUUUUUAUACGUGUUCCAUAUAUACAUUUUUUUUGUGUAUUCAUAAAUUGUAAUUUAGUUUUUUUUUUUUUGGAUUGUACAGAAAAGCAGGCUCAGUUUUUUGUAAAGUUAUUUCCGUUUUCGGGUGCCAGAAUCUCAACCUGCAAGCUCAAAGAAUAGUUUUUAAAAACAAAUUUUGCCCUGAUUUUAAAAUAAACGAAAAUCUACUAUUAAAAAUGAAUAUAUAUAUUUAUAUAUAUUUAAAAAAACAAGAAAAAAAAACGACAGAAGAGAGCUUUUAAACUGGAAAAUAAAUUUCGAAACGAUUUACAUGUAGUCGAUGUUAUACAAAGUGAAAGUGAAAGUGAAAGUGAAAGUUUUGCUUGCGAUUUUCGAGAGCCUUUAACUUCGUUUUUAUAUAGAAAAAAAAAAAAAAAAAAGAAA